GUAUGAACAAGUAGUGACCCAGAAGGCGCCCUGACGUCAAAGACAACCCACACGCAAAUUCUCAGUGUAAUCGAUCAGUUUGAAGUUUUUUAACACGAUUAUCGCAUGUUAUAGUUUUAUAUUCUCACCAUGCAGAGAAGUCUUUCCCUGCUCUCCGCCUUGAUUCUGCUGCUGCUGCCUUGUAACCCCGGAUCCUCAGAGGACCGCGUGAAGACCAUCCGGGCCUUCGCUGGUGAUCCGGUCAUUCUGCCUUGCCACACCAAUGUCAGCGAGUCAACAGUCGAGUGGUCCUCGACUGUUGAAGAAGGUUUGGUUCCAAAAACGGUCUUGGUGUUCCGCGACGGCUGUGAGACCCACGAGAUGAAGGAUCCGGCCUACUGGUACAGGAGCAGCCUCAUCAUGGACCAACUGAAAAACGGGAACAUAUCCCUGAGGAUUUCCAAUGUGCAGCUAUCGGAUGCGGGGAACUACACAUGCAAGAUGAUCCGCAAGGAAGACCACAGGAAUGUUCUUAUAGAACUCAUUGUCGGUGCUGUUUCGGAGCCCAAACUCUCCUUUAUCCCAACCGUGGGUGUUGGAGUGACUCUCCAGUGUGAAGCCAGCUGCUGGUUCCCGAAGCCUGAGAUAACUUUUCUUGAUGACGAUGACAACAUCAUCAGUGCUGAAGAUCCAAAAAGUGAGCUUGGCCCCAGAGGAUGUUUCAACAUCACGAGGAGAGUGACCCUCCAGACCGCCACCAACAGAGUCUCCUGCAGAGUUCACCAGCCUGACAUGAACCAGACAAGAGUUACAGAGACUUUCAUACCAGAUGGCUGCAUGAGGUCCUGCACUGAAUCCAUCCUCAUCACUGUUUUAGUAACUGUGAUUCUCUGUGGAUUAGGUUUAUGUGUGGUCUACUUCUUCAAGAGAUUCUUUAACUCUGCAGAUGGACAAAAAUUUCCCGGGUUUGGGCGGUCAUCAGAUCAUACAACCCCCAGGAUUGAAGAAGGCAACUGUCCCCCAGGAAACCAAGCCUUUUUUUCUGAGGCUCCCACUGAUCAUGUAAUAAACGUGGAUGACAUGAAGCAGAGUCCUGAUGCAUACCAUGAUCUUAGUCCAGAAUCUGUCGACAAACCAGAAGGCAGUACCGUUUUAGCACCUUGUGUCAAUGAUCUGGUACCCACUGCUUCUUCAGCCUUCCCUUCAGAUGGAACGUACGUUUCCCGUUCCAACAGCUUGUCUUUGCACAGUCCAAAUAGAGCCAAGCCCAAACGUAGAAACACCAUCUCGCGCUCAAGUCUUGUUAAGGUAUCUGAAGAAACGGAGGAGUUGCUACAAGACAAGCCUUAAUACGAGUUGGUCAUGAUACGGGUCAUCGAGGGCGUUUCCACCUUUUUUAGAAACUUCGAGAUUCAACCCAAAUAGCUUUGACAAGAUAUGUAGCAUAACGUGCCUCUUGAUGUCGUUAUCAGCAACCCUUUUUGUUGUCAUGAUUUUUAUUUCCCGUUGAUGUGUCGGCUUUUGAGGCCCAUCUGUCUUCACUUUUUGGUUAUGGGGGCCUUUAAGGGAGCCUUGUGAUAGGGUAGGUAGUGUCAUAUAUGGAGGUAUGGGGUCUUGGUAGGUUGAAGAUCGUGGGUCGGCGAGACCUGGCAUGGAGGGGGGAAGGUUCUGGGAUACUGGAGCUAAUUGUACAGCCUUCUGAGGUUUUCUUGGUGUGUUGGCUCUUGCUUCUUAUCUAGUUUCACAGUUUUGGGAGUUAUAAGGAGCCAUGUGGUAGGGUGUAUAGUAUAAGCUUGUUAAAUACAAAGUUUCCAUUCAUUGGUAGUUGUUUAUUUUCCGGUCCAGCACCAAACCUAAAGCUUGGCGUACACCGACCAAUUCAGGCCAAUUUAAACCCAAUAUCCAAAGUUUGAAAUUCAGCCUGACAGUGGCACAGCAGGCAUGCCUGUCGCCCCUCCCCCAAAUGAUCAUGAAAG